GAUUUCGCUCUAAUCAUCCAAGAAGGAGUCAGCAUAUGCACGAGACGGACCACGUCGGACGCCACUUACCGCUGGGUUCGAGUUGAGGCCACCCCCGACUUGUGGGGGCUCGUUCGUGUUCUGCAGGACAUCAUGUCGUCAGUAACGGGUCGAAUCGAAUGCAAAUCACACGAGGCAGACGUUGGUAAGCCUGAAUACGGUAUAACACUCACCCCUGGAACCGGCAAGAUAUGGACAUCACCUCCACCCUCAGUAGUCGCCGCUGCUACGGUCUGGUCAGCCUGCUCCUUGGUCGCCUUUUGUUUCUUCUCCUUCUUCUUGCCG